GGGCGCCCCGCGGCCCGCACCAUGCUGGCGCUGCUGGCGUGCGCGCUGGGCCUGGCGCUGGCCUUCUUCGCGCUGCUGGACGGCUGGUACCUGCUGCGCCUGCCGUGCGCCGUGCUGCGCGCCCGGCUGCUGCUGCCGCGCGUCCGCGACCUGCUGGCCGAGCAGCGCUACCCGGGCCGCGUGCUGCCGUCCGACCUGGACCUGCUGCUGCACAUGAACAACGCGCGCUACGGGCGCGAGGCCGACGUGGCGCGCGCCGUGCACCUGGCGCGCUGCGGGGUGCUGGACGCGCUGCGCCAGCUGGGCGCCUCGGCCGUGCUGGCCGCCACCUGCGCGCGCUACCGCCGCUCGCUGCGCCUCUUCGAGGCCUUCGAGGUGCGCACCCGCCUGCUGGCCUGGGACGAGCGCGCCUUCUACCUGGAGGCGCGCUUCGUCCGCGCGCGCGACGGCUUCGUGUGCGCCCUGCUGCGCUCCCGCCAGCACGUGCUGGGCACCACGCCCGCGCGCAUCGUGGAGCACCUGUGCAAGCGCAAGGUGGAGUCCCCGGAGCUGCCCCCGGACCUGAAGCACUGGAUCGCCUACAACGAAACCAGCAGCCAGCAACUGCGCGCUGAGAGUGGCCUGGACGUCCCGGCCAAGGACCAGUGACGGGAUGGUGUGGGCGACCCUGCCCC